GUAUGAAUUCCGCGUUGCUGCUGUCAAUGAUGCUGGCGUGGGUAAACCUAGUAAACCCACAGAACCCAUUACGGCUCAGCUCCAACGAACCCAACCCGAUGCACCGGAACCACCAAAGGCCGAUAGGAUAACCCGUGACAGUGUAACACUAUCAUGGCGACCACCAAGAAAUGACGGAAAAGCCCGAAUUAAGGGUUAUUUGAUUGAGAAGAAGGCCAAGGGAGACAGUGACUGGAGUCCGGUGAAUGAUCAACCUGUGCCCGGAUUGACGCACAUUGUACCAAAAUUGCGUGAAGGUGAAGAGUAUACAUUUAGGGUGAAGGCUGUCAAUGAAGUUGGUCCAUCGGCACCAUCUAGACCAUCUGCAGCCAUUUUGAUUGAGGAACAACCCAAUAAGCCAUGCCUUGAUCUCAGUGGUGUACGUGAUAUUGUUGUUAGGGCAGGUGAUGACUUUAGUAUUCACGUACCAUUUACCGGUUUUCCACGUCCUGUUGCCACAUGGCACUCCAAUGAUCGUACCAUUGAACCCGAUGAUUCACGAUGCUUCCAACGUCUUACUGAUGAUGCUGCUAGUAUUGUUGUUAAGAAUAGCAAACGUACAGAUACUGGACAGUAUCGAUUGCAAUUACGCAAUAAAUCUGGCUUUGAUACAGCCACAAUAAAUGUCAAAGUGCUCGAUAGACCAUCACCACCGGAAAAUUUGCGUGUUGAUGAAUUUGCUGGUGAUGCCCUAACACUGUACUGGAAUCCACCACGUGACAAUGGUGGUGCUGAUAUUAGUAACUAUGUUGUGGAGAAACGUGAAGCACGUCAGAGUAAUUGGACACGUGUCAGUGGAUACGUUACAACACCAUUUGUACGUGUUCGCAAUUUGACAAUUGGUCGUGAAUAUGAUUUUCGUGUUAUGGCUGAAAAUCAAUAUGGACAGAGUGAUCCAGCUGCAACAGAACAUCCAAUUCGUGCUAGGCAUCCAUUUGAUCCACCCGGACCACCAGGUGUACCACAUGGUGUUGACAGUACAGCUGAUAGUAUAACUGUCAGUUGGACACCACCACGUCAUGAUGGUGGUUCACCAGUAACGGGUUAUGUGUUGGAAAAGAGAUUACUCAGUGAUGAUAAAUGGACAAAGGCUACCCAUGCUCACAUUCCUGAUUUGCAGCAUAGGGUACAGUCACUGAUUGAGAAUCACGAAUAUGAAUUCCGUGUGGCAGCUGUCAAUGCAGCUGGACAGGGUAUGUGGUCAGCUGCAUCUGAUGCCCUUGUAGCCAGGGCACCACCAUCACCACCAAGGAUCACAAGUGAUCUCAGUAUUCGUGAUAUUACGGUUAUGGCGGGUGAAGAAUACAAGAUAACUGUACCAUUUACAGCAAAUCCACGACCAUCUGUCACAUGGACAGUCAAUGGAAGUCCAAUAGCCACAGAUGAUCGUUUCCACUUCGAGACACAAUCCCAUGAGACUCUAAUGGUGAAUCGAUGUGCUAAGAGAACCGAUACAGGACCCCAUACAAUUCAUUUGGCCAAUUCCGAGGGUACAGAUUCAGCAACAUGUCGUGUUCUUGUUGUUGAUCGUCCAUCACCACCGCAAGGACCACUUGAUGCCACUGACAUCACUCCUGACACCUGUACACUGUCCUGGAAGGUGCCAUUGGAUGAUGGUGGAUCACCAGUUACGAAUUAUGUUGUGGAGAAACUCGAUGCCAGUGGAUUGUGGGUUAAGGUCAGCUCAUUCGUACGCCAAACCCAAUACGAUGUAAUGGGCCUGGAGGCUCAGAAAAAAUAUGUCUUCCGUGUUAGUGCUGAGAAUCAAUAUGGCGUCAGUGAUCCACUGACAAUGGAUGAUGGUAUUAUUGCCAAAUAUCCCUUCACUGUACCCGAUGCACCAUCUGCACCACGUGUCACAGACUACGACAGUACAUCAGCAACAUUAACAUGGGAUCGUCCACUGUACGAUGGUGGAUCCCGUAUUCAAGGCUAUAAAAUUGAAAUGCGCAAUGUUGAGGAUACAACAUGGCAAUCAACUGGAUUCCUUGUCAAGGAUACCACCUACAAUGUCUUCAAUUUGGAACAGGGACGUGAGUAUGAAUUCCGGGUACGGGCUAAAAAUGCAGCCGGCCUGAGUAAACCAUCUGGACCAUCAUCGAGAUUCCGGCCAAAAGGACGAAUUGAUGUACCAUCGGCACCAGGUGCACCACAAAUUGUUCACAUUGGUAGAAAUUAUGUUGAUCUAUCAUGGACAGCACCAGAGCAUGAUGGUGGUGCUCGUGUUAGUGGUUACAUUGUUGAACGCCGUGAAAUUGGUGGUGCCCUAUGGAUACGGUGCAAUGAAUACAAUGUUACUGAUACAACCUACACAGCUAUCAAUCUAUUUGACGGCACUGAAUACGAAUUCCGUAUAAUUGCUGUCAAUUCAGCUGGAAAAUCCGAACCUAGUGCCCCAACGGCACCCGUUCGUGUAUGCGAAGUUGCUGGUGGUGAGAAACCCCAAUGGAUACGUCCUCUGUCAGACACAGUUGUUGCCCAAGGUAAAACCCUUGAGUUGGUGUGUGAGGCUCGUGGUAAGCCAGAACCAAGUGCCCGUUGGCUCAAGAAUGGCCGUGAAUUGACGGGUGUUAGGUGUACUACAGAAAGUCGAAAUGGUGUAUUUAGACUUCAAUUGAGUGAUGUACAGCGUGGUGAUGAGGGUAACUAUGUAUGUGAAGCUGUCAAUAGUUUGGGCAGUGUACAGACCAGUAGCCAUGUAAGGGUUGGUGUACCACCAAGAAUUGACAAGAUGCCGGAUGAGGUUCAAUUGGCCGAGCAUGAAAAUGCCAAAAUAAAGAUUUUCUAUGCUGGUGAUCAGCCAAUUGAAGCUAAAUUGCUGAGAGAUGGAAAACCAGCUGGUAGAUUGACAUUUACGGUAUUUGACGAAGCUGUUGCCAUCUAUGUGAGAGAUGCACAAGCAAAUGAUGGUGGUUUCUAUCAAAUUGAACUAACAAAUGACAAUGGAUCAGUUACUGGAACAUUCAAUUUGCGUGUCACCAGACCUCCAGGACCACCUGAAGGCCCUCUUGAUGUUACCGAAGUUACUCGACACAGUACAACACUCACAUGGCGUCCACCACUCGAUGACGGUGGUCAACGUGUCACGCACUACGUCGUUGAACGUCGUGACGUUAAUUCCAGCCAAUGGAUUUGUGUUCUGAGUUGCGUCAGAGAUACCCAGUGUACCGUUCAGGGUCUAACUGAAGGCCAAGAGUAUAUGUUCAGGAUAAUGGCGGCUAAUGUCAAUGGCGUUGGUCCACCACUUGAUGGUGUCAAUCCUGUCAAAGCUAGACCACCAUUUGAUCCACCAAGUGCACCCGGAACACCCAAAAUUCUCGAAGUUGGCAGCAAUUUUGUCCAUGUUGAAUGGGAAAAGCCCGAAAAUGAUGGCGGUUCGAGGAUUCAAGGGUAUUGGAUUGAGAAGAGAGAGGUUAACGAUGUCACAUGGCAAAGGGUCAAUGUUGCUAUCUGUCAACCGCAGCAAAUUAAUUGUGCUAAUUUGAUUGAGGGACGUCAGUAUGAAUUCCGGGUAUUUGCUCAGAAUGAAGCUGGUCUAUCACCGGCUAGUGUUGCAUCAACAUCUGUCAAGACAGUUGAUCCAAUUGCAACAAAAGCCCCAGAAAUUGUCAAACCACUGCGUAAUGCCAAUUGUAUUGAGAAUCACAAUGCACAGUUCCAGUGUACAAUUACUGGGUAUCCCAGGCCAGCUAUUACAUGGUACAAAGGUGCUAGGGAGAUAACAGCUGGAACAAGAUACAAAAUCUAUUCAGAAGGUGAUGUUCAUACACUGACAAUCACCGAUGUCUUUGGUGAGGAUGCCGAUGAAUAUGUCUGUCGAGCUGUCAAUAAGGGUGGUGUUAAGUCAACACGAGCCGAAUUAUUGAUAAUGACACCACCAAAACUCAAUGUACCACCACGAUUUAGAGAUACAGCAUACUUUGAUAAGGGUGAAAAUGUUGUAAUUAAGGUAUCCUUCACGGGACAUCCAAAACCAAGGAUAACAUGGAUACGUGAAGGUGAAGCAAUCGAAUCAGGUGGUCACUAUCACUGUGAAGUUAAGGAUAGACAUGCCAUUUUGACCAUUCGCGAUGGUUCAAAGCUCGAUAGUGGACCGUAUAGAUUGCAGGCAGAAAAUGAACUUGGACAGGAUUCAGCCAUAAUUCGCAUUCAGAUUAGCGAUCGACCAGAUCCACCGCGAUUCCCAUUGAUUGAGAAUAUUGGUACAGAUUCACUUUCACUGAGUUGGAAGGCUCCAGUAUGGGAUGGUGGAUCAAGUAUUACCAAUUAUAUGGUGGAAAAGCGUGAACCACCAAAUGCAACAUGGAUUCGUGUUGGUAAUACAAGAUUUACAGGAAUGGCAGUUCAGGGAUUGGCACCAGGACAUCAAUAUGAAUUUAGAGUUUUCGCAGAAAAUAUCUACGGACGUUCUGAUCCAUCUGAGAUAUCAACCCUGAUUACAACCCGUGAGGCCGGAAAGAAAAAGACUAAACGCCAUGAAUAUGAAGUUGAUGAGAAUGGAAAGAAGAUUCGGGGUAAAGCUGAUGGACCAAUUAAGGACUAUGAUCACUAUGUCUUCGAUAUCUACUCCAAAUACAUCCCGCAACCAGUUGAAGUGUCCACUGACAGUGUCUAUGAUCGCUAUGAUAUCCUCGAAGAAAUUGGAACUGGUGCUUUUGGUGUUGUUCACAGAUGUCGCGAACGGGCAACUGGUAAUAUCUUUGCGGCAAAAUUCAUUCCAGUGGCACAUGCGAUGGAAAAGGAAUUGAUAAGACGUGAAAUUGAUAUAAUGAAUCAAUUGCAUCAUCAGAAAUUGAUAAAUUUACAUGAUGCCUUUGAGGAUGAUGAUGAAAUGGUUUUGAUAUUUGAAUUUUUAUCUGGUGGUGAAUUAUUUGAACGUAUAACAGCUGAAGGAUAUACAAUGUCAGAGGCUGAAGUUAUAAAUUAUAUGAGACAAAUUUGUGAAGGUGUACGUCAUAUGCAUGAAAAGAAUAUCAUACAUUUGGAUAUAAAACCAGAGAAUAUUAUGUGUCAAACACGUACAAGUACAAAUGUUAAAUUAAUUGAUUUUGGUUUAGCAACACGACUUGAUCCAAAUGAAGUUGUCAAAAUCAGUACAGGUACAGCUGAAUUUGCAGCACCGGAAAUUGUUGAGAGAGAACCUGUUGGAUUCUAUACGGAUAUGUGGGCAAUUGGUGUUCUCAGUUAUGUCCUUCUAAGUGGUCUAUCACCAUUUGCUGGUGAUACCGAUGUUGAAACACUGAAAAAUGUCAAAGCAUGCGAUUGGGAUUUCGAUGAGGACUCCUUCAGGAAUGUAUCUGACGAAGCACGUGACUUUAUACGUCGACUUUUGGUGAAGAAUAAGGAAAAACGUAUGACAGCCCAUGAAUGUCUGUUGCAUCCAUGGUUAAUGGGUGAUCACAGUGAUAGAACAGAUGCCAUAGACUCAAGUCGCUAUAUCAAUAUGCGCAAUCGUAUACGUAGUCACUAUGAUAACUUCGAUGGAUUCCUCCUGCCAAUUGGUCGUUUGGCAGAAUAUUCAUCACUGAGGAAGCUCCUUGUUGAUAAAUAUCGCAUUCAGGAUACAUCAUUUGAUCGUCGUCAAGCAGCACCACGUUUUGUCAUAAAGCCCCAAAGUCAAUUUUGCUAUGAAGGUCAAAGUGUCAAAUUCUAUUGUCGUGUGAUAGCCAUAGCUACGCCAACACUAACCUGGAGUCAUGGUAAUCAGGAAUUGAGACAGAGUGUUAAGUACAUGAAACGAUAUGUUGGCGAUGAUUACUACUUUGUUAUAAAUCGUGUCAAACUUGAGGAUCGUGGAGAGUAUAUAAUUAGGGCGGAGAAUCACUAUGGAAGUCGCGAAGAAGUUGUCUUCCUCAAUGUUCAUCCGUUGCCAAAGCAGCCACCACAGUACAAGGCCGAACAGCAACCGAUUCGCCGCCGGGAGCCGCUGUCGGUGCAGAUGUGGCAGGAAGAGAGUGAGUCCGCUCCCAGUUUCACAUUCCUCCUGCGUCCACGUGUGAUGCAGGCCCGUGACACGUGUAAGCUGUUGUGCUGCCUCUCGGGUAAACCAGUGCCAUCUGUCAGAUGGUUCAAGGAUAAGAGGGAACUCAGCAAAUAUGAAUACAGCAUGACACAAGCAGAUGGCGUGGUAACCAUUGAAAUUGUUGACUGCAAACCAGAAGAUUCCGGACGCUACCGUUGUGUUGCCACCAAUUGUCAUGGCCAGGAUGAGACCGAAUGUGUUGUUAUUGUCGAAGGCGAGGGCGGAACACCAGAGCAAGCCCAGCUUGCCCACAAUCUCCUCUACUCUGGAGAUCGACGAUACAUCGAGCAACACAUGAAACCAGCGCCACCCCCAAUUGUUAAUGUUCGUCGCACAAAUACAGCCCAAAAUAGCGUUAAUUCAACUCCAAAGACUGCUCAACCACAAACUUGCAUUUCAACUAAUUCAGUCGAUGAGAAAAAACCAACAAAGAAAUAUGGAUCAAAACUCGAUGCUCCUGGAAGUCCAUCGAGAUCCAGAAGUGCAACAAAGGAACUGAUAUUACCACCAGAUGAUUCACUGAUGUGUAAACCAGUAUUUACGGCUGAACUCAAGGAUUUGGCCAUUCGCGAUGGUGAAUCCCUAACACUGACGUGCAGUGUUCGUGGUGAUCCUGAUCCACAGAUUGUGUGGUCAAAGAAUGGCAAGAGUCUGUCAUCGUCGGAAAUUUUGGAUCUUAAGUACAAAAAUGGCACUGCAACACUCACAAUUAAUGAGAUAUUCCCAGAGGAUGAAGGUGUCUACGUCUGUACGGCUACCAAUUCAAUCGGUUCCGUCGAUACAACAUGCAAACUCACUGUGAUUCCAAUGGACAAUGGUAUUGCCAGUCGUGCGGUAUCCAGUGAUAAACCACCACGAAUUGUUAGUCAUCUGGAAUCGAGAUUUGUCAAGGAUGGUGAUGCUGUAACACUUGCCUGCAGAAUAAUUGGAGCUGAACAAUUUGAUGUGGUAUGGUUGCACAACAACAAAGAGAUAAAACCAUCGAAGGACUUUCACUAUACACGAGAAGCAAAUAUUUACAAAUUGGAAAUAGCUGAAAUUUUCCCAGAAGACUGUGGUACCUAUACCUGUGAAGCCUUCAAUGAUGCCGGUGAAAGUUUCAGUUCUUGCACGAUAAAUGUCAUUGUGACAGGAGAGGAAGUUAAAUCGCCAACUUUUGAAACUUUCCCAGGAUCCCUGACUGUCCAGGAUGGUGAACCGGCAAAAUUCUCCUGUUCAUUCGCAGAAGCUCCAUUGCAGCUAAACUGGCUGAAGGAUGGAAAAUCUGUCAAUGUUGACAGCACAAAUUACAACUUCACCAAAGAUGCCAAUCGUUUCACUUUCGAAAUUAGCAAAUGCACACACCUCGACGUUGGCCAGUAUCAAGCGAAAGCCGUUGGCAAGAAGGGCGAAACAUUCGCCUCAUUCUCGCUCAAUGUAUUUUAAAUUUAAAAGAGAAGAACAAGAAAAAAAAAACAGAAAGAAGAUAAAAUAUUAAAGAGAAAAGCGUCCUUUUGCGUCCUCGUCUUGUUAAAUUCUGAGAGAGAGAGAGAGAGAGAGACAGAGAUAAUGAUGAAGUAAAUUUGCUCCUGAUUCCAGCUGCUAAUGCUCCUGAGCAGCUGGACCUCCAUUUUGUUUUCUUUUUUCAUUAUUUACACACACAAUUUUGUCAAAAAGAAAGAAAUGUUGAUCAAUAAAACACGAUAUUUGAAUGUA